GGGAGACGAGGGAACAUGUGGAGAGUGUCUUCCUCAUAUCAAAGAGCAACUGCGCCUUUGUCAAUUACAGAACGGAGGCGGCCUGUAUGGCGGCCUUGUCGAGGAUCCAUGACUCCAAGUACCAGGGCGCUCGUCUUGUCUGUCGACCGCGUCGGGGCGAUGGCUCCCCGGCCGCUCGUCCCGGUGCCACAAACGGCUUGACCCGCUCACUCUCUACGAAGGAUCAAGCUGCGAGAGACACCGGCGGGGCAAGGGCCCGGGGUGAUGGCUCCGAGUCCGAGCGAGUGGCUCACAGAUACUUCAUCGUGAAGAGUCUGACGGUGGAAGACCUCGAAGCUAGCCGUCGCAGUGGCAUCUGGGCGACGCAAGUCCAGAACGAGGACGUUCUGAACCAAGCUUUUCAGACCGCAGACGACGUCUAUCUGAUCUUCUCGGCCAACAAGUCGGGCGAAUACUACGGAUACGCGCGGAUGAUGUCGUCCAUCCAGGAGAACGGCGAUCCGACCCUCCAGAUGCCAUUUCGACCGCGACAGAGUGUACCGGGGUCAGAGGAGUUGAACCUGACCGCUACACCGGCGACAACCUUCGCCCCUUCCGGGCGGAUCAUCCGAGACCUAGGCCGGGGGACGGUCUUCUGGGAGGCCGACUCGUCCGAGGGCGAGCCGGAGGAGGAAGAAGAGCGAAAGGAAGCGGGAGCCGACGACGCUGCCGACGACGAAUCGCCAGGACCGGAGGGCGUCGAGGUUCAGUCCAUCGGGAGACCGUUCCGGAUCCAGUGGCUCUCCGCCGAACGAGUGCCCUUCCAUCGCACGCGGGGGUUGCGGAACCCUUGGAAUGGGAAUCGGGAUGUGAAGGUCGCUCGAGACGGGACUGAGAUCGAGUCGACUGUUGGGGAGAGGCUUCUUGGGCUGUUUCACUCUGCUUUGCCGAAUUGAUAAGGUCGUUUUCGUUAGGGGGGGCCCGUUCGGCUGCGCACGUGCAGUACAUCGCAUCCCUCGUUUCGAUUUCGUACGAGCCUACGGUGCAUCCCUGCGAGAACUCCUCCGGGCCCGGUCUCUUGAACUGCUCUGACUACCAGGAUGUUGCAUGUGACGCGGCGAGAUCUGGAAGACUCAAUGUUACAGAGCACACAUGAUCCGGAGGAGCUGCCAUCCAGGACGACGAGUUAGAACAACUAGAAAUUUGAUCUUCCAAUGAAUUAUCACAAAAUCCUUUUGAGGGUGUUUACCGGACAGCCGUUGGUGGAGUUCCCACCAGAAAUCACCGUAGCGGCGGAAGUGGCCA